UGACGACCCAGAAUCUCCCGGAACUUCCGCUAAAUUAAAUCGGAAGUAAGUACGUGGCCGCUUCAGGCAGCUCAUAUUCUGCAUGAUGGCGACAGAGGUUCAGAGCGGCGACCUCAACAAUGGCAGUUCUAGCCGGCUCGAAGUCUCAAUCGAUGGCCUCACCCUUAGCCCGGAUCCCGAGGGCGAGCAGGAGCAAGUCUUUGAACCGGACCCCGUGCCCGCGGAGCAGGAGACCGAGGACCAGAGCACCGCCGAAGCCACCGACGAUGGGCAGGAAGGCGAGUCUGCCAAAACCACGAUAGAGAGGAAAUGGGGCUUUGGUUUGCUGGAGCUAUACGGACUAGCAUUGAAAUUCUUCAAAGAUAAGGAUGGGAAGGCCUUUCACCCCACCUAUGAGGAGAAGCUUCGUCUGGUUGCCCUCCACAAGCAGGUGUUACUGGGGCCAUACAACCUCGACGCCUCUCCAGAGGUGGGCUUCUUUGACGUCCUGGGCAAUGACCGCAGGAAAGAGUGGGCUGCUCUGGGUAACAUGGAGAAGGAGGAGGCCAUGGUGGAGUUUGUCAAGCUGUUGAACAAAUGCUGUAAUUUAUUCGCUCCUUACGUCACCUCCCACCAAAUAGAGAAGAAGGAGCAGGAAAGGAAACGGAGGGAGGAGGAGGAACGACAGCGCCGGGAGGAUGAAGAGCGGGAACGACAGAGACAGGAGGAGGAGAGGCGGAGGCUUGAGGAGGAGGAGAGGCUGAAGAGGGAGGAGGAGGAAAGGAGACAGUUGGAUGAGGAGAGGCUACGGGUGGAGCAGCAUAAACAGCAGAUCAUGGCAGCAUUGAAUGCCCAGACAGCGGUGCAGUUUCAGCAAUAUGCUGCCCAACAGUAUCCAGAGAGCCCUGAGCAGCAGCGUCUCAUACGCCAGCUGCAGGAACAACACUACCAACAGUACAUGCAGCAGCUCUACCAAGUCCAGCUGGCUCAACAACAGGCAGCCUUACAGAAGCAGCAGGAGGAUGCGGUGGUGCAGGCUACCCUGGAGGUCACAACUGAGCCUUUAGCUGCAGUUCCCCCGGCUAGAGAGGAGGUCCCCAUGCUCAACGGCCAGUCAGACUCUCACUCUGAGAGCAUGGACAAAGAGCCAGAACCCCUCGAGCCUGCCGACGGGGCCACUGAGAAUGGACCCAUGGGUACACGCACGCAUCGACCAGCAGACUCUUCCCCGGUCAUCGCGGCUCCCUCCAUGUGGACGCGGCCCCAGAUCAAGGACUUCAAGGAGAAGAUCCGACAGGACGUGGACAGUGUGAUCACGGUGGGGCGUGGCGAGGUGGUGACGGUGCGCGUGCCCACCCACGAGGAGGGCUCCUACCUUUUCUGGGAGUUCGCCACGGACCACUACGACAUCGGCUUCGGGGUCCUCUUCGAGUGGACUGAUGCCACCAACGCCUCGGUCAGCGUGCACGUCAGCGAGUCAAGCGACGAAGACGAUGAUGAGGAAGGGGAGCCUCCCAGGGAGGGGGUGAAGCUUAAGAAGGGGGCAGGGAAGCCCCAGGUGGAUGAGAUAGUGCCGGUGUACCGGCGGGACUGUCACGAGGAGGUCUACGCUGGCAGUCACCAAUACCCCGGCCGUGGAGUCUACCUGCUCAAGUUCGACAACUCCUACUCUCUCUGGAGGUCCAAGAGCGUCUACUACAGAGUCUACUACACCAGAUAAGCCUGGAUAUGGACUGGGGGAGGGUGGCUUGUGUCUGUACGUUAAGGGAGGGGGGGGUGAGAGGAUCUGUUCUGGACAAGACCACCAGAGGGUGACAGAAAUGUCAGACUCAGUUUGGAGAUGGGAACUUCUAUCUGUUUGUUGUGUGUGCAUACACCUCGUUGGAGUUUGGGAGGGGGGUUAACGCUGUAGUCUAUUUGCCGACCUGUCUUUUCUCUCUGAGACCACCUCUAGGACUCUGUUGUAUUAAUGUCUGUCUUCCCUGCACAAAGGUCAUCUAACCCACAGUCUAUGUUCUGUCAUGUCAUGUCAUUGUUAUGGCUGUGCUUCUAUCUGACUGAGACUCUUCUUAACCAGAGUUUACAAGUCCUGGACAGAGUCCAAACAGAGUGACACACUACAGCACCAUGCCUUUGUACUAUAGCAAGAGUCCCUUAUAGACCAACACCGAGUAACACACUCAACUGAACACAGUCAAUCGCUCCUGUAGUGGCAAUACAGCUGCGGAAAGAGCUACACCCAGAUCCACAUGACCGCCUAGCCCCUACCACCUACACCCUACUAGGAUCUGAGAGGGUUGGAUUAUAGGCAUAAGCAAUACGGCUUAUCUGUGUAAAGUUUGCACAUCUCCACAAGUGCAUAGGGAGAAGGGGCUAGGGGUAGAUUGGGUUCUAUUCUACUGAACGAGGGAUCAUUGAGAAGUGGGGAAGGGUUAUUGGUGGUGGAAGAGGGGAUAUGACAUGUACAUUGGAAAGUAUGGUUGAGGCCUUGUAAAUUUGGGCAUCUCGAAAUGGAAUGCUGAAAAAAGGUGAUUGUCUAAAAAGGAUUUAAUAAAUAUUUAUUUGCCCUUU